AUGAACAACGAUGCGUGUACCGAGAUUCUGUUGUGGCUGCCCUUCUUAUCACUUUUGAGAUUCCGAGCUGUCUGCAAGUUGUGGCGUGACAUUAUCAGUUCUCAAUCUUUUGGAAAACUGCAUACUCAAACUCAUUACACCAAUACCAACCAUAACAAUCCAGACGAUACGGUAUAUCUACAAUUUAGUUUGCCUAAUGAUGAAGUUGAAUUACGGAACGAACUGUCAAUAGAGCUCGAAUAUAACGAGAAGUCAUUGAUGUUGUAUAAAUCCGACCACUUUAAUGGCUUCUCGUUAAACUACUGGGACAACAUCAGCGAUUACCUAGUUAGGUUACACGGGCCAGUUAGGGGUCUAAUCUGCAUCAAUUGCAACUUGAAACCCGAGGCUCCCGUAGCCAUAUGCAACCCUUUUCUAGGCCAACUCAAGACUCUUCCUCUUACAACCUCGUGCGCUGCAAUUGGUUUCGACGAAGAAGAUUACAGAGUUGUUGCAAUCGGUUUCGACGACGAAGAUUACAAAGUUGUGCAGCUGUUGUCAUGCAAGAAACAUCGGUGCCUCCAUGCUCAGUUGUAUAAGAGAAGGACGGAUUCUUGGAGGGAGUUGACUGGAGAGAGUUCCGUGCUCGAUAAUCAAGAAUUCGAUUGGGUUGACCCCAUACAGUCGCAGAGCAUGAAUGGCUAUUUUACGCACUGGCGUGCUCAUCUACUAAAUGGUGCUAGUUUGAAGGAGGUUAUACUGACUUUUGACAUGAAGAAUGAAGUGUUUCAGACAAUCACAUUACCGGAAUGUGAACCUGAUGCUUUGGAUCAUAUUUUUGCACAAGACGAACACUCGUUUCUCAAGUUUGUUUUACCUCAUCCGUGUUGUAAUGCUUUUGAAGAUGAUAAGUUAGUGAAGGUUUAUGAGUCGAUAUGCAGAGGGAGUGAAUUGAGUUGGAUUCCAUUAAUAAAUGUUGAAGUACCCUUUUCUCAAGUGCCUCUGUUGAGGGUUGGUUGUGUGUUUUUGGAUGACGGAGAUGGUGCUGAAGUUGUGUAUGAUUAUCAUGCACGCAAACUCAUCGGACGCCAUUGUGUGGUACCCUUGGCGUUCGUUGAGUAUAGAGGGAGUUUCGUUUCACCUUGA